UUUUUUUUUUCGUUUUCUGAAUGAAAGAUCUAUCACUCUUCGUAACAAUUGUCUUAUUCUUUUUUUCUUGUAUUUUUGAAUACAAGAAAUUCUCCUUAGUUUCAACAAAACGAAUAGUGCAUGAAUUAUUUCGAAUUUCGAUCGAAUAAUCCAGCAAUAUUAAAAUAUCUCUCUUGCGUAAUAAAUAAUUAAAUAAAUUUAUCGUACGUCAUAUUUAUAAACGAUUCAAUAUUUAUUUAUCGGUUCGUCGAAAAUUAAAAUUCCACAAUGGUUUUUUUGUAAUAAUGAUUUUAUAAGUGAAACAUAAAUAAUAUUUCACUCUAUGUUACAUAAGUAAAAUUUAUUUUCCGAAUCGAUUUUCUCUUUAAUAAAGGAUAGAUAUUGUUCGAAAAAAAAAAAAUAGAAGAAAUAAAAAUUUUGAAUUUUGAAAAUAUCAAGAAGUGUGAUAGAUGUACGAGUAAAAGUAGGGGAGGAGGGAACGAUCCUGACCACUAUAAUCCAACAACCAGUCGGGGGCCAUGACCACGUUGCGACAAGAUUCGGGGCGGAGCAUUUUCCAAAUGCUGUCAAUAUGGAUUCCCACGUUGGUCUCGACUAUAUCGUGGAUAAUCCUGAUUACUGCGUCAAGCUUGCCUCGGCCUUGGACACCGCUUGUCCCUCGGUGAAGAAGCAAGUGGUAGAAUUGCUUUCGGCGUUGUGUGUUUAUAGCCAGGAUGGAAGGCAGAGGGCUAUCGAUACUCUUCACGCGUAUCAGAAGCGAAAAAAUGAACGAUAUCGUUUGCGAAUCGUGGUAGAGGAAUUGCAAAACGCAACCGGAGAAGAUUAUAGGACCGCGUUAUUGGCGUUUAUUAAUUGUUUGGUCAUCUCCACCCCGGUGCUGAAGGAUCGCAUAAGAAUUCGCAACGAGUUCAUCGGUUUGAAGCUCCUUCCGAUUUUGAACGAGCUGCGGAAAAGCCACGCGCCGGAUCUGAGGGUGCAGCUCGACGUUUUCGACGAUCAGCGGGAGGCUGACGAGGAAUUAUCGAAUCACGGACCGCCCGGGAUCGAUCUUUCUUCCCACGUGGACGUUUUUUACGCGAUAUUUGGACAAAUCGCAGACACCCCCCAAGAGAUACCAUUUCUGAGCAUACUUCAACAUCUGUUGCGGCUCGAUCCGAAAGACGCCGCAAGCGAUUUGGCGUGGGACACGGCGGAAACGUUGGUCCACAGAGCGACCCUGUUGGAGAAUCGAGAAGACGCUACCAAGCUGUUGCGUUCGCCUAGCCUUCAGGCGAAUCUGUGCUGCCACUGUCGGGCCACCGAUCAGACGUGCGGGGCAUCGCGAAAAGCGUCGUUAUCGGUGAACAACUCGACGCCGGCACCGGUGCCGCCUCUACCGCCCCCGCCCCCCCCGCCCGCCCCCUCCGCGGAUCAGUCGAGUCGAAACCAAAGCAAUUCUUUCUUUCAACCACCGCCCCCACCUCCCCCGUUUCUUGCCGGGGACGCGACGCGUGCCGAUGCAUCGAUGGAACCACCGCCGAUCCCACCGCCGUUGCACGUGCUGCCUAUCGCCCGAGUGCCCACCCCCGAGCCGCCCAACAAUCACGCGAGGCUGCUGCCGCAACAGGAAAUACCCACCCCCAAGGCAAAAAUGAAAACCAUCAAUUGGAACAAGAUACCUAAUCACAAGGUGAUCGGGAAGCGCAACAUUUGGUCCCUGGUAGCCGACGAGCACCAAAACUCUCCUAUGGCGGAUAUAGAUUGGGCGGAAAUGGAGGGUCUCUUUUGUCAACAAGUACCUCCCGUGUUACCAGCCACCUCCUGCUCCUCCCACGGAACCAACUCGGACGCCGAGAAACGAAGAAGGGAACCGACCGAGAUCGCUCUCCUCGAUGGAAAGAGAAGUUUGAACGUCAAUAUAUUUUUAAAACAAUUUCGAAGCUCGAACGAGGAUAUCAUCCGGCUGAUAAAGGAUGGGAGCCACGACGAGAUCGGGGCCGAGAAGUUGCGCGGCCUUUUGAAAAUUUUGCCCGAGGUGGACGAGCUGGAGAUGCUCAAGAGCUUCGACGGCGACAAGUCGAAGCUAGGAAACGCCGAGAAAUUCUUCCUUCAACUCGUUCAAGUGCCAAAUUACAAACUGCGUAUAGAGUGCAUGCUGUUGAAGGAGGAAUUCGCUGCCAAUAUGAGCUACUUGGAACCGAGCAUCAACUCCAUGAUUCUGGCGGGCGAAGAUCUGAUGACCAACAAACCUCUUCAAGAAGUGUUGUACAUGGUCCUGGUUACUGGAAACUUUCUCAAUUCGGGUGGUUACGCUGGCAACGCUGCGGGGGUAAAAUUGUCCUCUUUGCAAAAAUUGACCGAGAUUCGAGCCAAUAAACCAGGAAUGAAUCUCAUACAUUACGUCGCUCUGCAAGCCGAAAGGAAGAGGAAGGAUUUGUUGGAUUUCGCGAAGAACAUGACUACGUUGGAGGCAGCCACGAAGAGCACAACCGAACAGUUGAGCAACGAAUUCAACGCACUCGACACAAAGAUAAAAAAGAUCAAGGCGCAGAUUAAUUUCCCUUCGACCGAAACCGACAUACAGAAACAGAUGGCACAAUUUUUACAGAUCGCGGAACAAGAGAUGAAUCAGUUGAAACGAGACAUGGAAGAACUGGAAACGUUAAGGCGAUCGCUCGCCGAAUUUUUCUGCGAGGACGGUAACACGUUCAAAAUUGAGGAGUGUUUCAAGAUAUUCCAUCAAUUUUGCCUGAAAUUCAAUCAGGCCGUCGCGGAGAAUGAAAGACGUAGAAUUCAAGAGGAACAGGUAUUGGCAAGGCGCAAGCAACGAGAGGAACAACUUUUGGCUAAAAAACGAUUAUUGACCAACAACCAACAAAUCGAGGCGCCAAUCUCUGAAUCCGAAUGCAAUUUAAUCAAUUACGAUCCUUUCGAUUUUGCUACCGGCUUACCUCAAAGGAAUUACAGUCGUAGCGACGUCAAGAUGAAAAGACUGCAAAACGGUAUCGUCACUUCUGACGAAGAUGUCUCGAUAACCGGAUCACCCAAUAUCCGACGACGUUUGGGCUCUUGUUCAGGUGGGAUCGUCGAUCAACAAUCUACCAAAGAAGAGAUAUACUCACCGGAUGUCACGCCAAACGGCACUCUUCGACGCCGUCGAAGUCGGAUACCUUGCGAGGACGACGACGGUAAUUUAAUGGACUUUUUGAGAACGUCGGGGCAAGACGGUACACGCGAGAGAAAAUCAUGGGGCAGUUUAGAUCGUUCGUGGGCGAGAAGGGCUCGGGGACAAUCUCGAAGAAGCGAUCUGUUGAACGCAGACUUUUCCAUCGAUCGCGAGAGACCUAAUUCUCCGUCCCCCUUGAUCGAGAGCAAACCUUUCUUACAAGAAGAAGAAGCCAAGUCUACAGGGAAAGCAUGGCGGCAAAAAAUUGAGGCGUGGUUGUCGGAGAAUGAAAAAGAAGAUCGGGCAGGGGAAGAGCUUCAAAGGAAGGCGAGACAAUUGCAUCACGCGAAUCGACGAUCUUACGAAGACUCUGAGAGCGAAGGCAAGACGAACGCUCAGAUCGAGGCCAAUCCCACGCGCGAUGCUUAUUCGGAAGUUUACGACUGGCGUCCGUCCGUCGAGAAGACAGACGUGAUACGCACGAUGGAGGCUAUCGAAGAGGCUGAAACGCAUCCAUCGCAAAAGGAUAAAUCUCCUUGGCGAAAAUCCAGCCUAAACGUACCAAACAGCAUGGAAGAGACUGAUCCGCGUUAUUCCCGUAGGCUAAGAUCGAGACUGAGCGCGGAGAACGUUUUAUCCUCUUCGAGCACGUUGCAGUCCAUCAAAGAGGAAGAGAGAAAGAAGAACAAGAUCAACGAUGCCGCGAAUAAUCCAACCUCUCAGGACGAAUUAACGAUCUAUCUGCGACAACCUUACGGCGAGCCCCAACUCGCCGGCUCGAGGAGAUUUCCUUCCAAGCUGAAAAAAGGCGCGGAUGAGGAAAAGAUGAUCGACAAGAUAGAGAUCGAUUCCGAUAAUAUAGAAACACCGCCGGCUACUAGAAAACUAUUCAGCCCGCCGAGAGAGGUGAAACCGGUCGAGAGGGAGCCGUGCAAAAGGGAACGUUGCAACGGUUUCUUUCAAACCAGAGAUUUCAAGAACGCGACGGGAAAAAGUGUAAAUAAUAACGCCGAUUUCGGGACAGGUAAUUUCGAUCGUUAUUCGUCGGCGAGGAGAACGCGAAGGUACAAAAAGAAUCAAGAGAACGGCGCGGAGAAAGAGUCGAAGCAUGAGGUGAUCGACGCCGAUUCGUUCGGGGAGAAACCGGCCGAACGUCCGCACACGCUUCCGUUGUCGGAGGAAGAGGGGCGAGGGAAAUGUUGCCAAACGUCGCCCGUUUGGCAAGAGAAAUCGAAACGGCAAGAUACGUCGAAUUUGUUCGAUAUAGAUACAGCACUGGCGGAGAUCGCUCGUUCCGGUGAGGAUCUUCAACGAUUGUCGCGGCCGUUCACCAAUCGAAACUCGAGAUUACCGGUUAGCCAACCGUCGGCCGUGAUCGCAGUAACGAACACCGUUCUUAGUCCCGUGAUGCAAGAAUCCAGGCCACGCGAGCCUUCUUUAACCGUUCACGCAGAAAGAGCGGUAACUAGUCGCGAACGGCAGAGAAGUAUGAUCGAUCCUAGUCAGGUGAAAGAGACUAUCAGUUUGACCAACAAUCCGCCCAGUCAGGUGAACGAAGAUCGAAACGUCCCGAUCACUUCCCGAUCGCGACAUCAGCUUGCCGAGGACGAAAUCGAUCUGGCCGUCGAAUCGAACGAGAAUAUCCAUCGCGUCAAACGUUCCGAAUCGACGCCGCUUCGAAAUCAAAAUAAAAUGAUGCAAGACGCGCCGCGAUCCAAUCACGACGGCUCUACUUUUCAUCCUACCUACGCCUCGUCCCCUCACCUGAACGUCCCUAACUCCACCUCUCACCACUCUUUCUCUUCUCUGCCCCCCACCGGUAAAGUUCGAGAUCAAGAGAUGAACGACGAGGGUUUCGAGGAGACGCAAAGUUUAGUUUCGGAAACCUUGAGUCAAGAGACGUCCUCUGGAAAUUACGAAACGGACACCCAUGAUUCAACUCGAUGCUCGCCGGCCGAAUUGCGUUACGGUGGAGUCGAUUCAAACAAUCCUUCGGUAAUGGUUCAACCCGCCAUCGAUGCCAAAUCAUUGGGUGACCACAAUUCGGCCAAUCCGAUUGGAGGAAAUCCGUUGAAGCCGACAAAAACGUCCGCCGCGCCAUCUACGAUCAAAGCCAACUCGUUAAAGCACACCGUUGAAAAAUCUAGCUUUCUCCCGAAACGAGCCAACAGUUUGAAGCGAGAUGUUGGAAAGGCGGAAACUAUGCAACGAAAUUCGAUCUCGACCAACAAUAACAACAACAACAAUCAAAUGAGAAACGAGGUGGAACGUUCGGGAUCGAGGAGCAGUCUUCGAAGUUCCCGAAGCUCGUUGAACAGCGCCACGUCUGUGAACACCGUGCGAAACUUAGUACCGAAUCACGCACCUCUGCGCACCUACACGUCCGCGAUUUGCGCAUUGACCAACGAUCUGCGAAAGAGUCCAUCUCACAAUCCGUUGCCGUUGAAGAACAACGAGAAACGUCGUACGAAUCCACGUUCCACGACGAUAAGCAGAAUACCGGCGAGCAGAAGUAGCAGCAGUGGAAGUAGCGUGGGUCCGACGGCGAGAACUGUUCGCAAAUCUCUCGGUUCGAGCAUCGACGCGCAAAAAAGAAACAAGGGAGGACGAGCGAUCGCUUCGCGUAGCAGCAGCAGCGGAAGCGGCAGCAGCGUGGGACCGUUAUCCGCUCCGUUGAAUCGCGUCAACGUUGAAAAAGCGGCGACGCCUUCGGCUACCAAAAGUAAAUUGAUCCAUCCGAGAGCCGGGGCCAAGAAUCAUAGUUUCAUGAGGCCGACCGCAGCGAGCGUGAACAAAGGUUCCAUACCUAAUUUGCCGAGGAGCAUCAAAAGUUUGGUUAAGUGAAGUGACGUGUGAAAGAAGAGGGGGGGGGGGAAGAAAGGCUAUAGUUUGUUAACGGAUUGCUGUAGCUUUAUAUGUAUACAUAUGUACAUAUCGUUACCGUUUUUUUUUUUUCUUUUAUUCUCAAAGAGUUAAUAUUCAAUGGGAUAUCCCUUGAUUUUUAAAUCGUUGAUAGUUUGACAUAGUUCAGAUUGACAAAAAGAAAAGCAUGCAUCGAUUUUUACUUUGAAAAAGACAUCGUUUUAAAGGGCAUUUAAUAUACAAUCGUGUUAAGAUCGUUUCGAAUUCGUAUUUCGUUGGAAAAUAUACGUAUAUCGAGCAUUUAUUCGAAGAAGAAGAAAAAGAACGUUUGAUCGUGAUUACGUUGAUCAUUUUGAACGGAUUCAUUCGAAAAUGAGAACGAUCGAAAAAUCAAAGAAAAGCGUCACGCUUCGAAACUCGAAUACCACGUUCGUUAAAGUGCAAGUAUACUUACUUACUUCAUAGUUCAUAGUUUGAAACAUUGUUGAAUUACGAGCAACGAAACAAUGCAAAAAUAUAACUUAUAAUCAUCUGUAUCGACCGUGUAUUUUGUGAAAGCUGGCGCGAAACGUCCUAUAAUUUAUGAUAUUCUAGCUAACGUACCGAUGAUAAAAUUGCAUGCGCAUAUAAUCAAACAGAAAUUUACUAAUAAUUAAUCUCGCUCGCGCGAAUGUUGCCGAUAACGAAUAAUAAAUAAACGUUGCAAAUAACAUAAUUGUUCGAAAAAGAAAAAAAAAAAAAAAAAAAA